CGCAAAUAUGUCAAAACCACGUACCUGUAUACAAUUAUUUACGUCACUGACUAUUAAAAUGGUCACGCAUUAUACAUAUAUUGGCUACGGUUUAUUUUAAUAAUCCCGUGACAGUUUUAACCAAACUUUAAAAUAAUAAGUGUUAGUUGAAUUUUUUAUUAAAGGAAUGUAACUAGUGAAAUACGUGUCAGAAAAAUGGAGUUAAAUAUUAAUUUUAGUUUGGUUUUUGCCGUUUUGGCAGUGGGGCUUUUAGCUAUAACAGGGGACUCCACCUUAACCUGGACUUCGCCCAUGUACCCAAAACUCUACUCGAACGACACCAAAGUGAACCCGUUGGGCAAACCCAUCACAGAAGAACAAGACACGUGGAUUGGUUCUCUUAUAAGCAUCGGAGCGAUGGUUGGCCCAUUUCUGUUUGUUCAUCUAGCAGAAAAUUACGGUAGAAAAUUGGCGCUACUGUGUAUAGCAAUACCACACAUAACAUCCUUCUUAACAUUGGCGUUUGCGAAAAAUAUUUAUUUGUAUUACUUCGCAAGAUUGCUGGGAGGUUUGUCUGAAGGAGCCGGUUAUUCAGUAAUGCCGAUGUAUAUAGCUGAAAUAUCGGAGGAUAGUAAUAGAGGGAUGUUUUUGAGCAUGUUGAACUGCUUUUGGACCUUCGGGAAUUUCUUUCCUUACGCUAUAGGGCCCUUCAUGAAAGCUAUGUGGUUCAAUGUUGUGUUAGCUUGCCUACCUAUUACUUUCUUUAUUACUUUCCUAUUUUUCGCCCCGGAAACACCCUAUUUCUACGCGAAAAAGAAUAGGUUUGAUGAAGCAGAAAAAUCACUGAGAUCACUCAGAAAUGUUGAUGAUAAAUUGUUGAAGAUUGAGCUCGAACACAUCAAAUCUAGCAUUGCCAACGAAGAGCAUGGUUCUAUCAAAGACAUUAUUAAAAGUAGACCUCUACAAAAAGCCUUGACAAUCAGUGUGGUGUUAGUUUGUAUACAACAACUCUCAGGAUUCAAUGCUAUAGUAUCAUAUCUGCUCAUCAUAUUCAACUCUUCAGGAAGUGCUAUACCGGACGAAAUAGCGUGUAUAAUUUUUGGAGCACUAUUAUUUGCGUCGAGUUUUUUCGCACCCUUUAUAACUGACAGAUGGGGUAGGAAAAUUUUACUGAUAACAUCCUGUUUGGGGAUAUUUUUAUCGCACAUAGCACUCGGUUCAUUCUUCUACGUCAAAAAUAACACCACUGCGAGCAUAGAACCAAUAAAGUGGCUUCCUAUUGUAAGUCUUUUAUGCUUCAACGUAUUUUUUAACGUUGGUUUGAGCCCCAUACCAUGGAGUUUAUCAGCUGAACUUUUCCCCAGCAGUGUGAGAUCAUCAGCGGCUACAAUAACUUCGUCAAGUUGCUGGAUGACGUCCUUCUUCGUGACAAAGUGCUUCAACAUGAUGGUGGAUCAUCUUGGCAACGCUGGAACCUUCUGGUUCUACGCCUGGAUCUGCUUUUUUGGUGGCAUUUUCACGUUGUUUUUUGUGCCCGAAACCAAAGGAAAAAGUUUUGUCGAGAUACAAAGUAUUUUAGCCGGAGAAAAAUCUACAGAAAAAAUCAACGAAAAUUACAAAGAAAACCUCGAGAAGUUUUGAGUGGUGACUGUAUUAAUAAUCCUUUUUAACUGUGAUAUAAUUAUUAAGUUUUUUGUAAUAUAUUUAAUAAAAAAUUAAUUAUUUUUUACAAUGUUUUAAAAGUCUAAAACCUAU